UUCAAGAAACUCGAGCUUGUCGGACGCGGCGCAUACGGAGCAGUGUACCGCGGUGUCCACCUCGCGAGCGGGUCGGCUGUCGCUCUCAAAGUGGUCAACCUCGACACGCCCGACGAUGAUGUGAGCGAUAUACAGCGGGAGGUCGCGCUGCUCAGUCAGCUGCGGGAGGCGGAGCAGAAAAACGUCGUGCGCUACUGGGGUUGCUGGCUGAAGGGCCCUGAACUCUGGAUAGUCAUGGACUACGCAGAAGGAGGAAGCGUGCGCACAUUGAUGCGUACGGGCCCCAUUGCGGAGCAGUACGCCGUCAUUAUCGUGCGCGAGACUCUCGUGGCGCUCAGCUAUCUGCACAAGGCCGGCGUUAUCCAUCGCGACAUCAAGGCUGCGAACAUUCUGCUCACCAACCAGGGCAAGAUUCUCCUCUGCGACUUCGGCGUUGCGGCCUCGCUCGUUUCCACCGCAGCGAAGAGGACAACCUUUGUGGGUACGCCCUACUGGAUGGCCCCCGAAGUAAUCACGACGGGCAAGUCGUACGAUCAGUCUGCCGAUAUCUGGAGUCUGGGCAUUACAAUCUACGAGAUGGUGACCGGCAACCCGCCCCUCGCGGACCAGGAGCAGAUGCGCGCCAUCAUGCUCAUCCCCAAGAACAAGCCCCCACGUCUGCCUACGGACAAGGACUUCUCGCCUCCCAUGCGAGACUUUGUGUCUAGCUGUUUGAACGAAGAGGCGAAAGAACGCCCCAGUGCCGAUGAGCUGAGCAAGGCCAAGUGGAUCAAG